AUGACCCACACCGACUGCUCCGGCUUGACGGACUAUUUCUGUUGCGUGAUCGGUGGAAUGGGCAGCUGCAGAAACAACCACUUACUCUUGGACUACGUCAACUGCGGAAUCGGGUGGUCGUCGUGCACGUUGACUGAUCUCUGCGACUACACACCUGAGGUGGCCGACGACGACGUCAGCGAUGACUACACACCUGAGUUGGACGACGAUUACGUGUACGUCAGCACUGAAAUCGACGACAACGACGACGACGACGACGCAGAGCCAUGCAAUGCCGAGGUCCAAGCCUGCGUCGCCGACCAGGACUGUUUCACCUGUGUGCAAAAUGACGCCGUCUGCGAUUCGUCCGCGACAGCUACAUGCUCUGGGGUCAUGGACUACUUAUGCUGCGUCUUCGGAGAUUCAUGCAGUGAAAACACCUUGGUCGUGGCCUACAUCGACUGCACGCUCGAUGACUAUGGCUGCAGCGUGGACAACGACCUUUGCGACACAGGGGACGACAACGGAACGCUGCUUAUAUCGGAAAUCGAUGAUGACGACGGGGAGGACGAGGAACCGUGUCCUGACGAGCUAACUGCAUGUCUGGCGGACGAGACAUGCGGCGCAUGCUACGGAGGUGCUACAUUAGACGGGAGCUGCGAUGGCCCGGCCACCAACUGCGUUGACCUGGCGAACUACUACUGCUGCGUCGCCGGGGAUGACUGCAGCGACAACCCUCUGGCCGUUGGAUACAUCAGUGAGCGCAUCACCGCAAUCGCUGAGCGAGGUGGCAGCGACGACGACGACGAAGGAAUGGUCACCGAAGUCCCCGAAGCCGCUGCCGAUGAUGACCGCGACGACAUCGAACGUGGUGUCGGGGAACUGUUUUCCUGGUCGCCCACGUCUAGUCCCACCUCUUCCCCCACGGCAUCUCACGGCGGCCGCGGCGGUGAAGGUCGGGGUCGCGGUGGCGAUGACGGCGGUGGUGCCAUGUGUCUCACUCAGCAGGCCAUCUGUGUGGCGGACUCGGCCUGCGCUGCGUGCAUGGCCGGGGCCACGAGAGACGGGAGCUGCGACGCCACCGUCCCUGACUGCGCCGGCGUGGCUGACUACUAUUGCUGCCUCGCUGGGGACGUGCGAGGCUGCAGCGACAACGCGUUGCUCUUGGACCUGAUCAACUGCGAGAUCGAGCUGGAUUCGUGCACGCUGACCGAGCUCUGCGGCGAUGUACACGGAGGCGGCGAGGAGGACGCGGACGAUGAUGACGCGUCUUCUCGCAAGGGCGGCGACAAAGAUGACGGUGGCAAGAACGGCAACGGCACCGACAACCACGAACACUCAACGGAAACUCCCUGGCUCAAACCGCGGGGACAAGGGGCAGGCGCGGACGACGACGCCCAGAACAUCGACGGUGGUUUCGGCGAGUUCUUUACCUGGUCGCCCACGUCCAGCCCCACUUCUUCGCCAACGGGGACUGACGAAGAGCAACACCGCGGCCGCGGCCGUGCCGGUGGCGGUGGCCGUGGUGACGGUAGUGGCCGUGGUGACGGCGGAAACGAUUGCCUCGAACAGCAGGCCAUAUGCUUGGCGGAUUCAGACUGCGCCGCAUGCAUGGCCGGGGCCACGAGAGACGGGAGCUGCGACGCCACCGUCCCUGACUGCGCCGGCGUGGCCGACUACUAUUGCUGCGAGCUUGGGGUCACAGAAGGCUGCAGCGACAACGCGUUGCUCUUGGACUUCAUCAACUGCGUGGUGGCGUUGGAGUCGUGCACCUUGACCGACCUCUGCGGUCAUGAAGCCAAUACGGGGGCGCUCGCCAACGGAGGCGUCAUAGCGGCCGUCUCCACGGGGAGCAUUACCUCCACGUUCGGUGCUGGUGACGUCACCAGCAGUCUGAACAAUGCUCUGAACGCACUGUUCUGA